AUGGAACGAAGCUAUCCCUUUGGUAAAGUGGAUCAGGAGGCUGUGAUCGAACUCAUUCAAAAACACAUUGUAUAUAGUUUUGGCAUUCCGAAAACCUUUACCAUAAAUCAAGGUUCGGUUUUUGUGGGAAAAAAGAUGCAAGAAUUUGUCGUCGAAAUAGGCUUCAAGUUGGUAACUUCUACACCUUAUUACGCACAAGAAAAUGGUCAAGUCGAAGCAGCCAACAAAAUGAUAAUUAGUUUAAUCAAAAAACAUGUUGCAAAAAAGCCUAAAAAUUGGCACAAGACACUAGACCAAAUUUUACGGGCUUGUCGAACAUCCCCAAAAGAGGCGACGAAUUCGACGCCUUUUCGUUUGACAUUUGGGCAUGAUGUUGUAUUACAAGUAGAGAUUUGUUUAACAAUCAGUCAGGGCGCAACACUAGAACGAUAUUCAGUAGGAACAAUAUCGGGAUUUGAUGUUCAAAGAAUUAACUGA